AUGAUAUGAUAUCUGACACGACGCAGAAUCCACAGAAUAAAAUUGAGCAGACCAACCAGCACCGAACCAGACACGCACAGAACACGACCAUAACAAUAAAAUGUCCGCUGUUUUAACAAAAAAAUUCCGUUAUUUAUUGCUAGCUGGUCCAAGACAAUGCAGAUUUGUAGCACGUUUUUUAAGCUCAGAACGCUCGGAGGACAAGGGCCCUCAUACAAUUGGUUUUAUUGGUCUUGGUAAUAUGGGUGGUCCUAUGGCAAAGAAUUUACUAAAGAAUAGUCACAAAUUGAUUGUUAGUGAUGUUGUCAGCUCUUCUAUAGAAGAAUUACAAAAGGAAGGUGCUGAUGUUAGCGAGAACCCAGCUGAUAUUGCAUCCAAAACAUCCAUUAUUAUAACAAUGUUGCCUUCUAGUCCAAAUGUGUCUGAAGUAUAUCUUGGCAAGAAUGGAAUUAUUGAAACUGUCCAGGAAGGUUCAUUACUCAUUGACAGCAGUACAAUUAAUCCUGAAGUUGCUAAAGAAGUAGCAUUAAAAGCAAAAGAGAAAAGUGCAACAUUUUUGGAUGCCCCUGUAUCUGGAGGUGUGAUGGCUUCACAAAAUGGGACUUUAUCUUUUUUGGUUGGUGGUAGCAAAACAGGUUUUGAACGUGCAAAACCAAUCCUUCAAUGUAUGGGUCAGAAUAUUUUCCAUUGUGGUGGUACUGCAACUGGACAGGCGGUCAAGAUAUGCAAUAAUCUGCUUCUUGCUAUAUCAAUGAUUGGAACAUCAGAGGCUAUGAAUCUGGGGCAAAAUCUAGGCCUGGACCCUAAGUUACUUGCUGACGUAAUCAACAAGAGUUCGGGACGUUGUUGGUCAAGUGAACUUUAUAAUCCAUGCCCUGGCGUCUUGGAGAAUGUACCUUCAACUAAUCACUAUCAGGGUGGUUUUGGUACUGCAUUGAUGACCAAGGAUUUAGGUUUAGCCCAAGAAGCAGCUACCAGUACGAAAUCAGCUACACCACUGGGAUCACUCGCUCAUCAAAUAUACAGAAUCAUGUGUAACCGUGGAUAUGGACAUCUUGAUUUCUCAUCAGCUUACAAGUUCUUGAAAGAAGAGGAGUAAUUGAAAUGAAUAUUUAUUUUGCGCUUUCUCUACAUCUGAUAGAGCUCAAUUGAUACUCUGGUGAGAUGAGCAGCUUGGAGCAAACACUUUUCAAUAUACGACAUGCGCACAGCGCACAGUAUUGUGUAUGUAGUCUAAGUAUUCAUUCAUGAAUGAUACAAUACGUAGUUUAUAAACUAUUUCAAUUCUCUAUUAGAUGUGAACAAAUUUACAUGAAUGAAUUUGUGAAUAAAAUUUA